CUCCAAAGGUGCCGGAGUAAUUAGAAGAACCUCCCUAUAUAGUAACAAUAUACAAAUUAGCUUCACAGAGCAGACCGACGGAUUUGUAGCGGCAGCAUGAGCGACGGUAGCCAGUCAACCCUAGUCGACAUCGAGAGUGGGGAGGAAGGAACCAGCAAAAAGAACCGAGAGUGGCUGACGGAGCAGCUAAAGGUGGACGAUAAUCUUAAGGAGAAAGGGCUGGCUUCAUUAGAUAAGAUUUACGGAGAUGCUUCCGGCGGCCGUACCAUCUUCAAGUGCGAGCGCAAAGCAGAUGGUCGAGGACCUCCUGAGCCGACAGCAGUGGCGAUCGGGCCGUACCACCGCAACUGCAAGAACCGGCUGAAGUUCGACGAUGAUUACAAGUUGAAGAUCACUAGGUUUAUGGUCCGGUACUUUGGGCUCGUUGCAGAGAAGUAUCUGGAAGAGAUGGAAUGGAACGAAAAGGAUGUUCGCAACUGCUACGACAAAGAUUUGUGCGAAUGGAGCAGAGAAGAACUCCCAAGGAAGCUGCUGCUCGACAGCUCCUUCAUACUAUUCGUGAUGGAUGCAUUCUCCAAGACGGAGCUAUUGACCUUUGAAUUCUUCCCGGAGUAUGUUGCUUUGCAUCUACACAUAAGGGAGCACACAGAGCAGAUCAAGCUCGACUUGUUGACGGUCGACAACCAGAUUCCCUUCUUCACCAUCGAGACACUGCUAGAUUGCUUCCCUCAAGACAGCAGCAUCCGUAAGGAAUCGAUCGAAGAAUUAGCUUUGUGUUGCUUCGACGAUCUCUGGCCCAAGAAGAACAAAGAAAAGGUAAUGAGUAUUAGAGUGCCUUGGUUUCGGCAUCUACUGUGUCUUUUAAAAGAAGAGAGGAGCGAUGAAGUGGAAACGAGUAGGGGCGCGCCUUAUCAGUUCCACCAUCUGCUCCACCUUUUUCACUGGUCUCGAAUACCGAAGGAAGGAUACCAAAUGGACUUCGAAGACAGAGAUAGCAGGAGUGCUUUGCAACUAUAUAUUCCCAGCGCUACGGAGCUUCAAAAAUCUGCUACAAAGUUCAAGAAGAAACACUCGGGUAGCAGCCUGCACGUUACAUUCAACCGCGGAUUGACGUUCGUAUCCGGGGUGAUCAAUAUCCCCGUAUUGCAGCUUUACAAUUACAGCAAGCCAAUCUUCCGCAACCUCGUUGCGUUCGAGGCGACUCCGGCAAACAGCGUGCUCUGUUUCACGGCCUACACGGCGUGCAUGUCUUGCAUGCUGCAGCGCGAGGACGACGUGAAGCUGCUGAGGGAGAGAGGGAUAGUUGCGAGUACCAACUAUAAGGACGCCGAAAUCGUCAAAUUCUUUGAGGAAUUGAAUAAGGAGGUCGAAGGUGUCGAGAUGCCCGACACUCUACGAAAACUUUACACGGACGUGACCGAUCAUCACAACAGUCGAAUCAGCAAAUGGUGCGGGGACUUCAUGUUGCAGUACUGCCCUAACUUCUGGGUCGGUCUUUCGCUCGUCGCCGCUAUCCUGAUCUUCACUCUCUCAUUUCUUCAGGCCUUAUACGGCAUGCUCUCCUAUUAUAGGCCUAAGAAAAGCUAAUGAGUUCACAAAAAAAUAAAAUAAAAUAAAAAAUAAAUAGACCUCGUCAAAUUAUAGGCAAAUAUGAAAUAGUCUCUCAGCCCUGUAAUUUUUUUUUU